AUGGCGCAAAUUGGGAUUGAGAUCUCCCAAAACGCGAAAUUGCCUGUUCGUAAACGAGCUCGCAGAUCUUUGGUCGCUGCAAAACGCGCGGCUCAAAUAACGACGAUAAACAAGCGGAAAUUGGCGGACCUUGAUGGUACCGUCAUCAAACCUGUUGAUGUCAAGAGGGCGAAGGUGGAAGCUUCUCCCCCCGGAUCCACUUGCAAAGCCGGACUUGCUAGCGACGAUGACGCUGAUUACGAACCCAUUCCUGAUUCUCCUGCUGCCUCUGAAGAAAAGAAGAUUUUCGAGUUCAUCGAUGAGUGCUAUGAAGCGACCGCGUCUUCCUCCUACUUCGAAUCUCGGACGAGGGGAUUUUCGCAGCCUGUUUCCACUGGUGAUAUAAGGCGAUAUCGAUGGCUGCAGGAUGCUAGAACGUUCGGCGAUUCUCCAUUUGGGUCGGUCUUAUUUGGGACCCCGCCGUUUUCAUCGCCUCUUCAAUGUCCGAAGGCGUCGACAUCUUCAGCGGCGCCUGGCGAAGGCUUACCGUCGUCAAGAGUUUUGGCUGCCGGUUCAGAAGGUCGUCCGGCCCCCAGCGCUCUCAAAAUCGUCUGUGUUCAAUACGCUAUCUACGCUCUCCUCUUCACCAUCUUCCUCUCCUUCGUCGCCUACAUCCUUUACUGGACAGGCCUCUGGAGGCUCAUCGUGUGGUUCUGCCGGCUCGUAUUUUGGGUCGUCAAGGGUUGCACUUGGCUUGCCAAGCGAUUUACCGAUGAUGAGCUGGUCGAGCCGGAAGUCCGCUGGGUCACUGACGACGAUUUGCACCUCGGCCUACUCAACGUUACGAUUCCCAAGGAGCACCUUCAAGCGCUUCAGGACAUGAACGGUUCCGCUCUGAUGGAGAUCGCCGGAGAAUUCAGAAUCCGCCAUGUUGAAGUCGCUGCCGAUCAUCUUGUUGCUAAAAUUUUUUCCGCCGAAACUGCAGAGGUAUUGCGAUCGAUCUUCCGCGACUUUGGGAGAUCGGUUUCUGGUCUCGUUUUCGACAUGGACCGCUACAUUGUCUCCGGCGACUUCGACUACGACGUAACCCAUCUUAGCUCUAGCGUUUACGACCAGCUCUACAACUUCACCGCUCCGCUGGCCGCCUCUUACAACCUCACUUUGCCUUUUACCCGCACACCUCGGUCUCUCACUUCUCCGACUGAAGACGGUUCCGUUCCGGCUCGAUCGAAGCGUGGGUCGAUGUACGAGUCUGGAUUUGUCGACUACAUGGUCGAUCAAGACAAGCUUCCUUCCUCCACCGACGAUGAGGUGAUCGAAUUCGUUCCUGCUCGUUCCCGCCGUGGGGCCAUGUACGACUCUGGUUUCAUCGAUUACAUGGUCGACCAGGAUAAAUUACCUUCCUUUGUCGACAACCUUGACGAUUUCGCUUCCGAUUCAACCUCCGCUUUCGUGCCUGCUCGCUCCCGGCGUGGAUCCAUGUACGAUUCCGGCUUUAUCGACUACAUGGUCGAUCAGGACAAGCUUCCCGCGUACACCGACGAUCACUACAACGACGACACCAGUGUCGAUCUACUGCGCAAUCAACGCGACAUCAGCCUCUCCGCGACCGAACUCCAGGCGCUUGUCAUUCCUCGCAUGGUGCAGCUUCUCGCACGACUACCGAAGAUCACUGGCGGGGCGGCGGCGCCCGGCCAAUUACUUGAAGCCCAGCAGAAAGCUCAAGUAGAAGGGGCGUCCGCUGCGUAUACCUCGCCCGCUGUCACUCACGCUCUUACUGCUCUCGAUGAGCAAAUUGUAACGUCCGCUCCCGCUUCAUCGGCUGCUUCUCGCUUCAACCCUUUCAAGAAGAAGAAGCUUAACCCGACUCCUCUUGCGUCCAUCGCCGCUAAGACUGCUGUUGCUCAAGACGCUACUUCCUCCUUGGUCACUGCUCCUGCUCCUGCUCCACCUCUUGCUGGCGAGUUUCCUCCUCCACCAGCCGCCGUGCCUAGCCGAGUGCAACGAUUCAAAUAA